UAAAUAUUCUAAGAAUGACGUGGUUACGCGGUGUUCAAUUUUUAUUUUAAAUAAGUUUUCUAUACAUUCUGUACGUUUCUGUACAUAGUUAUUUUUCAAAUUACAUUAUUUUUUAUUUAAAGUUUCCUUACCUACAGCCACGAUGUUUGACGGAUUCCUAGAUGAUUUGAAACGCAUGAAUAAACGACAAUUUCUCUAUCAAGUAUUAAGUUUUGGAAUGAUCGUUUCAUCGGCAUUAAUGAUAUGGAAAGGUUUAAUGGUUUUUACAGGUAGUGAGAGUCCUAUUGUUGUUGUUUUAAGUGGUAGUAUGGAACCAGCCUUUCAUCGGGGUGAUCUAUUAUUCCUAACAAAUUAUGAAGAAGAACCAGUUAGAGUUGGUGAAAUAGUUGUUUUUAAAAUUGAAGGACGUGAUAUCCCUAUUGUGCACAGGGUUUUAAAACUACACGAAAAAAAUAAUGGUACAAUUAAAUUUUUAACCAAAGGUGACAACAAUAGUGUAGAUGAUAGAGGGUUGUAUGCACCUGGUCAACAGUGGCUAGAAAAAUCAGAUAUGGUAGGCAGAGCCAGAGGAUUUUUACCAUAUGUUGGAAUGGUUACCAUUUUAAUGAACGAAUAUCCUAAAGUCAAAUUUGCUGUUCUAGCAUGUCUUGGACUGUACGUACUUGUUCAUCGUGAAUAAAUCCUCAAUUAAUUUGAGCUGAGCCAAAGACAAUUUGGAAUUCUUUUACUUGUUAAUUUAAUAUUCAUGUGAUGUGUAUUAAUGUGUAUUGAUGUGUGGCUGCUGAGUAUUUCUUAUUCUUAAAUAUUUUUUUUUGUUAUUCAAUUAUUAAAAGCAGAUUAUGACAUUAUUUUUUGAUCUAGCCAAAUUAAAAAACAAUUUUUAAUAAA